CCACUGCAGUAGAAGAAACGCCUGCAGAAGAAGCCAGUGGAGAGACUCAAGAUUCCAAAGCCAAACCAAAAAGUUUUAUGCCAAAUGUUGCCCCUCCAAAGCUACCAGAGGGAGAUGGUAAAGUCGAUUUUGACGACCUGCAUAGGAAGCGUCAAGAGAAGGACAUGGCUGAGCUGACCUCUUUGAUUGAGUCUCACUUUGUCCAGAGGAAGAAAGAUGAAGAUGAGCUCAUCAGUCUCGUCAACAGGAUCGAGAAGCGUCGUACCGAGAGGGCAGAGCAGCAGAGGAUUCGUGCUGAGCAAGAGAAAGAGAGGCAGGCCCGUCUAGCCGAAGAGAAAGAGAGGAGGGAGCAAGAUGAACAGCGUAGGAAGCACGAUGAUGACGCUAAGAAGAAGAAGGCCCUCACUACCAUGACUCACACGUACGGUGGCAUCCAACAGAAGCAAGAGGGCAAGAAGGGAGCCAAGAAGCAGACUGAGAGAGAAAAGAAGAAGAAGAUUCUGGCUGACAGAAGGAAGGCUCUGAUCAUCGACCAUCUCAACGAGGACAAACUCAAGGAGAAGGCCAAUGAGCUGUGGCAGUGGAUGAUGGAGCUGGAGGCGGAGAAGUUCGACCUCAGCGAGAAACUGAAGAAGCAGAAAUAUGACGUAAGUGUUCUCACUCCGGUCCAAGCUAUGGUGACAAAAACCCGUGGCUGUACUGUGCAUGGUGAUCCACAGGGUAAAAACAAGAUCACUGGUCGUGCCUAUGACAUGACAGUAAAAUACGGUGAUGACUACAAGACUGUGAUGUUUUACCUCAAAUGGGUCUGGGUCUUUCUCAUGUGUCCUGACCUCCAUAUCAUCUCCUCUGUCAUCCAAUGACUGCAUACCACAAGGGGCUGGUGAGGGGAGGACGGCUCAUAAUAAAUGACGGGAGUGAAUUGAGGAAAAAUGUACUUACUUCAACUGUGAUCGGGUUGUCUCACCUAUCUCAAAACGAAUGCACUGACUGUCUACGUCUCUCUGGAUAAGAGGGUCUGCUAAGUGACUAAAAUGUUCAUGUAAAAUGAAUGGUAUCAAACACAUGGAAACCACGUGUUUGAUACCGUUCCCUUUAUUCCGUUCCAGCCAUUCCUAUGUGCCCGUCCUCCCCAAUUCAGGGGCCACCAGCCGCCUGCGCUCUAUAGCAAAGCAUUACAUGUGUCCCUUUACAUGCUGUGAAUGCAGUCUAUUUCACAGAGUAACUUACACUCAUGACAUACAAAGCCGUUUAAACAUAUACAUGCAUAACAUGCCACAUCCCCUAUUCUGAAACUGGUAGUGUUAAUCCUACUGCCCAAGAGGACACCCUACGAGGGGCGCAGCUGUCUAAAACUCUGACUUGCUUCCAGAUGAAUGUUCUCCAGACCCGAAUCAAUGAGCAGCAGAAGUUGUGAGUAAAGGGCUGUGGGGGCGUCAACCUCACUGUUGUGUAGUCCGCUGUCAGUCGUUGUUGUCAGAGUGAGCGGUUUUUUAUUUUACACUCGGGGCUCAGGGAAGCUCAACCGGGCGACCGGGUCAGGUCAGGUGGUGGACCACAGGUGAAUGUUUUCAACCAAAGGUGAACCACACACUCAGACAGGUGGCGGUGUAGCCAGGCCGUGGCUCCAAACUGCAGGAUCCCAGGUUUCCCUCCAGAUUUCAGUCAGUGUGUUGUCUCAGUGCUUAGGCAGCCUCCACUGUGUGUCCCUUCACAGAUCAAUCAGCUUCUGGCCCGUGUCCAGGACCACCAGAGGUAAGUACCCAGAGCCACACUGGUCAGUUUCUUCUCUAUUUAAAAGAGCCUGGGGGGCGUAAACCAACCAACAAAUGAUAAUUAAUGCUACUCAUUAAAUGAAAACAUGAAAUCAAGUUUUGGAAUACUAUCAAGACAUUUGCAGUUGGGAACAUUCAAUGGAGUGUGUCUCAAAAGUCUAAAGAGGCUUCCUCUCUUCGUCUCCUCCCAUUAAUCGGUAUUGAUCUGAAGACACAGGGUAUGUGAAAGCAACCUUUCCUGCUUUUUUUCAUCAGUGCAGACGAAGGAACGGAGACAAGGAGAAGGAGCUAGUUUAGACUAUUGAGAUACACCCAUUGACUGUUCACUGUCUUAACCCCAAGGCCUUUUAAAGUCACAUGAUCCUGCUUGAAGAGAACGAGCUCGGAGCAUAUGAUCCAACCUGGGAGAAAACAUUAGGAUCAUAGUGCUGCAUCCUAAUUUGACCAGUCUUUAGAGUGGCUCCUUCCAUUCCAUCCAUCCCUCUCCAUUCAUCUAGAAUAGACCCAAAUAGUCUGGGAAGAUCGUGAUCCUAAUCAACAGCCUACUAUUGGCCCAAGAACAUUGUUUCAUCAUCAAAACUGGCAGGAGAUUAUAGUCUUUGUAGGCUAAGGAACUUAGUUAAGUCAUAUGUAUUGCAGUUCAUACAUUACAUACCGUAAUGCCUCCAAAAAAUGACCUCUGGAAAAAUGGGUUGACUCCUGUCCACUAUUUUCUGAUGGUAAGUUGAAUUUUACAUACAGGUAUUGGCUGGCUAUAGCUUUAUAACUCAUCUGUCAGGCUUGAGGAAUGAUAGAUUGAUAGCCUAUAAUAAAUUAUACAUUUAAAUGGUGCAUUACGGGUGAUAUUCUAACUUCCAAUUCAGUCAAAUGUUCACUUAGUCAUGCAUUGAUGUCCAUGGGAAACUAAGAGUAAAUGAGAGUUAGGAUUUGGCCCUAAGAGAACAGCACGGUAAGACCGCUGAAGAUAGGACACGAUCGCCAUGUCAUUCAUUCAUCCUCGUCCUUCACUAACCCUCGGCCCUGUGUGUGAAAGUUCUGUCUUCCCUUUCAUCCUGUGGUGUAUGCCAACUCUCACAGAACUGUCUCUGUUUCCAUUCCCAACCCCUCCUCCAUCCCACACUCCCCCCUCUGUCAUACAUCAAUCUCUAACUAUCUCUAACUCAUUCUUUCAAAACUACUCUUCCUCUCUGGUGCUGAAAAUGUUUAGGAUAGAUUUGUUGAAGAUGUUCCUGGUAGAACCUUUGAAUAUACAUGUACUCGAUAUUUAAAAUAGUUUGUUGGUCAUGUGUAUUCACUCACAUUAGUAUAAUAAUCGCUUGAGGAGCUUAUCUCUUUCAGCUCUUAGUAUACCUACGUGUAUUGUUCCCAAGUAUACCAAUAUAAUAGCGCCACCUACUGGUCAGAUAGAGUGACAGAGGUGUUUGACUGGUCUGUCAACGCUGUGUGGUUUCACAGUGCCAAAGGCAGAGGCAAGGCCAAGGCGGUCAGGAGGUAAUGAGACCUGGCAGGAUGAAGUCUUCUGGACUGAGACGCCAGACGAUGACGGAGGAUUGUUUUGUUCUUCUUGUUAUCAGUGUACAUGCAAAUUACUAUGGAAAUGUACUGUUAUCACGGUCGCUGUUUGCAUGAAGCUAGAAACAAUAAAGAGAUGUUUGCUUUUGA